GCCUGUGCUAACGCGCUAUCGGCUGUUGGAGUACCUCAUCAUCGGCUUGAAAGUGUUCUAAGUAUUUAAAUCUUGUACUGUGACGAAUAAGGUUUCAAAAAGUGACUUUCGCUUACUCGUUGCUAUAAGGAGUUUUUCCUCAGAAACUUUGAGUUACACAGGUGAUCUGGAAAAGUGUUCUUUUUAAUGAAUCAGAGGGCUCCUUCCGUUGUUCACAAACGCACGCUAAUGGGUUCUGUGUUAAGACAAUUGAAAACAGAUCUUCAGUCAUUAUUUGCCUAAGGACCAUUUUCUUUCCGAUGUUUAUGUCGUGAAGGAUAAUUUGUUUAUAAUUAUUUAGCCCUUAAAACUCAGUGGUUACUAUAUGUACCAACUGCUUUAACAGUAAAUAAUUUUGCAUUUUUUUACCACACGUUAUAAGUACGUAUUUCAUAUGAUUCUUCAAUAACAGCUAUUAUUUUCCUGACUCAUUAUUCGGCUGGGUUAUGUGCGUUCUCUGUGAGGUAGGUACUGAACUCUUAAAUCCUGUUCAUAUGAACUUCUUGCUUCAGACGGUUAAGAUGUUCUCCUGUGUUGAAGUAUAAGAGAGUCUGAUAUUUGUAUGACGAGUUUUAAAGGUAAUGUAAAAUAGAGUGGCCACCAAAGACGAGUUGUUUGGGAUAUUUUGUGAGAGGAACAUAAGACAAGUGGUUGUCGGUUGUGCAACGGACAAUAGUGUUAUGAAUAUUCAGAGCUUUCGGACAUGAGAAUCGCAUUAGAAGAGUGACAAUGUUGUGCGGAAAUCUUUGGCGAAGUCGCCGCUCUCUCGAUAGUUUGGAGGAUUACCACCUGCUGGCACCACUACACCGGUGUUCAAGUUGCGGCCGGAAAUACUCCAAGAGCAAGCAGAUCUUAUCCAAGGGGCUGGACAAUGUGAGUUCUGGGGCACUGCGCCCCCUGACCUCGGAUCUCAACACACCACGCAUAGACAGCUACCGCUUUUCUAUGGCCAAUCUGGAGGACUCGCAAGAUGUUGAUCUGGAUGCUAUCUUGGGUGAGCUCUGUGCAUUAGAAAACCAGUAUGAUGCUGCACUAACAGGUGGUACCGGUGGAAGGAACAAUUCCCAGCAUACAGGCUCCAAGAGGACUUCGGUACCCAAUACAGGGAUGGACAGGGCAGGUCAGCAUCAGUCACUGCUGCAGCAGCAUCGGAGAACACACUCCCGUUCCAGCUCGGAGGGCAACCAAAUGCUGAAGCUGGACCCCAGUGAUACUGACCCACUAACAAAAAGUGAAGGAGGUGUUCGGACAGAUAGUCCAGACAAUGAUUCUGCUUUCUCGGAUAAUGUGUCCAUGUUGUCAAGCGAGAGCUCUGCAUCUAGUGGGGGCAGUGGAGGUCGCACCGAUCCUGGUGGCAAAACCAACGGGCGCAAUUUGGCACCUUCUCCCACACAGAUGGAUGCAGCAAGUCGCGCUAAAGCAGAGAAGAUCCGGAUAGCCCUCGAGAAGAUGAAGGAGGCAAGUGUCAAGAAGCUGUUCAUCAAAGCAUUCUCUGCUGAUGGCAGCACAAAGAGCCUCUUGGUGGAUGAGAAGAUGACUUGUGCAUAUGUGACACGCCUCCUUGCAGACAAGAAUCAUGUGCAUAUGGACCCUAAAUGGGGGAUUGUCGAGCAUCUGCCAGAUCUCUAUAUGGAACGAGUGUAUGAGGACCACGAGCUGCUAGUUGAGAAUCUCAUGAUGUGGACUCGAGACUCAAAGAACAAGCUCCUCUUUUUGGAGAGACCAGACAAAACUGAGCUGUUCUCUGCACCUGAGAACUUCCUGCUUAGCCAUUCUGACCGUAGCAACACAGACUUCGAUGACCAUGCAAGGGCUAUACUGCUUGAGGAAUUCUUCUCAAGCACCAGUGUGGGUGUUCCAGAGGUGGAUGGUUCACUUUUUCUAAAGGCAGAUUCGAAAAAAGGCUGGAAGAAACACCAUUUUGUGCUUCGAGCCUCUGGGCUCUACUAUUGGCCCAAGGAGAAGGCAAAGUCAUCCAGAGACCUCGUCUGCCUUGCUACCUUCGAUGUAAAUCAGGUGUAUUAUGGUGUGGGGUGGCGCAAGAAAUUUAAGUCGCCAACAGACUUCUGCUUUGCUAUCAAACACCCAAGGCUGCAGCAACCGAAGUCCAGCAAGUACAUAAAGUUCCUGUGUGCUGAGGACCAGGCCUCGCUUGACAGAUGGGUCAUGGGAAUUCGCCUUGCCAAGCAUGGACGGCAACUUCUUGACAGUUACCGCAGCCUAGUGGAUGACCUAGCCCAGGAGGACCUGGACUUGUUAGCUCAUGCACGGUCAUGCUCUGUCAGCUCAAUUGCAGGAGGGGGCAUGGGCCAACCUGCGGGCACACCCUGCAGUCACAGCAGCUCAGAACCCGAUCAAGACCAGGACCAGCUGCAGCCAGCUGUGGCAGUAACCCCAACAUACAACCACAGCUUCCAUGGCACGGUGGAUGGGCUGCCAGGACCACGAUUACGGCGGAGAGACUCAUCCCGUAGCAGAGCUUCCAGUUCGAGUUCAAGUGGCUGUAUGAGUGAUGGAGGGGCACCUUCAUCAUGUUGUGAAGUGGCAUUCGAAUGUGACUUUCCCACAACUGGGACCAUCAAACGCAAGCCGUCCAUGAAUCCCAAGUUGCCCCUUACAUCCAUCACGAGACAGCUCAAAGAGGUUGGUGAGACCGUUGUUGAGGGUUCAUCUCCACCUGAUACAGAGUCACGGAGUGGGACUCUCACUAGAAGUGGAACAAGGCAAAGCAGGCGUCGAUCUUCAAACAUUUCAUCAGAGGAAUCAGGAAGCAAUUCCAGCACACUUAAGCGAUGCCAAAACCAUCACCGAGGGUCCAACUCUGGUUCCUCCUCCAAUGCUUCUACCCCAAUUAGGGAGCGUCCCUCAGAGCUCAGCCCUGUGGAAUCCCCCGCAAGAGUGCCAGUAAGUGACGUGAUUCAAAAUGGCAUCGAAUUCACAGAGCCAGAAUCCCUUGACUAUGAGUCACAAGAUGGAAUAGAAGCUUCUGACUCAUUGCCUCCACCACCCCCUGAGAUGUUCCAGAGCACCCUCAGCCUGGACUCCCUUCCCCCACCUCCACUGCCAUCAGAGCUGCCAGUGUACACGGAUCUGGGUGGAAGUUCUCUGUCCCUCCUCUCUUUGCCUCCACCACCCAGUCCGUGCAUCGACUCCACCACUAUCCGCAAGCAACACAAUCUACCACCACCCCACCAAGUAACCAAACUCCCCACUCCUCACUCAUCAACAUCAUCUACUCCAACGAAUGCUCUCUCACCUUCUACAACCCCCACUAGAACACGUCCCCUGUGCUUUUCUCCGCCUUCCAGUCCCAGGGCUUCCACAACCCCACGUGUGCCUCCAAAACCAACCCCCAUCAGCUCCAGGCAGGGCUCCUUGUCCAGACAACAAAGUCUGGAAAGUGGAAGUUCAUCACACUAUGCCGUUCCUCCAUAUCUUGCGGAGCUGAAGGCUGGCUCACCCCUCAUGGCUCGCAAAGCAUGUGUCAACAGUGUGACAGGUUCUAGUCCAAAAAGUCCCAUAAGUCCAGCCACCCCAUCAUCACCACCGCCACCACAGUCAUGUGUUGCACCAAAGAGUCCAAUCCUUUUGACUAAACAUCGUACACGGACUGCCUCUAAAAAGAUCUCAUUUAACUUUACUCCUGAGGAGAUAGGUGGGGAAAGUAUUGGUGCAACUACCCCCUCAUCUCCAACUUAUGGAAGCAACAAGAAGCCUCUGCCACCCAAACGAAGUGAGAGCACAAGACUCAGCACCACGCCCAGUCCGAAGAGGCUCUCAGAUGCAGAUUCUACCCUCACACCACCCCCCAAGGACUUUCUGAAGGACCUGCAGCGUAUCAUGCGCAAAAAGUGGCAGGUGGCUCAGAAAUGCAAGUUGGAUUCAUCCACAACACCUCACGAGGUUCUUGGUUUCCGGGAUCCUCCUCCACCAGUUGCUGAUUAUCGUGAAACCAAUGUGAGCAACUGGGUGCAGGAGCACUAUGGCACAAGAGACAACCUCUAUGAGAAUGUCUACCUCGUCGGAGGCAGCCCCUCUGUUCAGGAGGUGACGUACACAUCACAAAGUCAAACAAUGCCACCUUCUGUAGACUACUACAGCAGGAAUCAGGCCAACAGUGUUGCCAUGGCAAUAGCCAACAAGAAGAGGCCACCUCCACCUCCACCAAAGCGCAGCGAGACCACACAGUUGUCCACAGCACGGCUGCACUGACAGUACAAGCCGUGCUAGUCACUCUCAUACAGACAAUGCGGUCCCUAGUGUUGUACUUCUGUUCAUGUGUGAUGACUACUCAACAAAUUUUUAUGGUGCAUUCAUUUUUUUAAAGUACAAUUAUAAUAUAAAUGUAUUCUUAUGUGUAAAUAAUUUUUUGGAAGAUUAGUUAUGGAUGCUUCAAUGGAAUUUUUAAGUACAGUAAUAGAGUGCAAUUGCAGAUAUUUCGAGUGAAUGAACGUUUCCUGUCCUCUAAUUGUGUUCCCAGAGCCUAGAGCAAGGAAUGAGAGUUUGUUCAGUGUUCCCAUUGGGAGCAGUGAACAAGAUGUUGAACAGAACAUCUGAAACUGCAUACUGUUCUGUGAGAUUUGAGGAUCUCAUUGUGCUGAACAUAAAGAUUAUUGUCUUAUGGGACAUGGCACUGUGUAUUCAGGUAGAUCACCACCUGUUGCCUCCACUUUCAGAUUCUACUGAAAUGCAUGGUAUCACAUCCCAGAUGACAGUAAUAUUAAUAAUGACUUCAUUCGUUCUAUGAAUUUACAGUCAAGGAGAUAGUUGUGAACAGUUUCCUAGAUGUAGAGAAGGGAUUGCAAACUCCAGGGGUAGCCCUCAUAAUGAAGCUGUAUUGUUGGUACAGCUGAGACACAGUACUUUUCUGCGCUUAGAUACUGAGUUCGUGUAUAAUAUGAAAUUUUUGUAGCGACUAAAUUCGGUGAGGUCUUGAGUAAUCAUUUGAUUCUCUACAAAGUUGAAGUCCAGUCUGACAAUAAUAAUCUUUGUAUCAUAGGAGUUUUAUUCCUUAUUAAUGUGGCUCAUCAUUUUAACAUCAUUAACUAAUGUGACACUCUUCAAAAUUUCAGUUUUUGCUGUUUAUCGGUAUGGUCAUUCUCCAUAGGAGUAUUCGCUGCUAUGAAGUCAUGAUGCCACACUUGCCUUUUCUCCCUGUAUAACCAAGAAAUAUCCCUUCAUGUAGUUAACGCUUUAAAGCACAGUGGUUACUGUUUCUACCGCCCACUUUAAUAUUAAGAAGUUGUGGAUGUUGUUUAUGUGUUCUGUACUUGGAACAUAAAAUAGUUAUUUCUGAAAAUGGCAGUAAUCAGUUGGUCUUUGUAUUGAAGAGACACUGUGUUUCUGUGAAAUAGGAACUGAAUGUUUAAAUAUUAUUUAGAUUAAUUUCGUGCUUCAAAGGGUUAAGAUAGCUUCAUCCUGGUUUCUGUGAACACAGAUAUAAUAUCGCCCAGAGGGAGCUGGGACGGCUCAGUCAAUAUAGUGACCAGACUAUGACCUAGAUGUCGGGGGAAUUAGGGCAGAUAUUUUCUCUCUUCUUCGCACCGUCUGGUACUGGGGCUUACCCAACCUCAUAUCCAAUGGCUACCAGAGACUGUUCCUCUUCGGUAUGAAGGUGACCACUCACUGCCAUCUAGUGAUGAGGUUGAAAAUAUGUGAAGCUUUACCUCCACUCAUGGCCUGGUGCUUUAUUAAGUACAAGAGAUCUUUCUUGCCUCCUGUCUGGCCCAGUAUGUGUCAGUGCUGUGUAACUGGGUUGUUAUUUUGAGUACAUACAAGUCUCUACUUUUAACACAUUCACUCUUAGAUACCAGUGCCAUAUAUCCCACUAAUGUGUAUGUUAUCAGAAUAUGUCUUCUCUAGAGAUUAAAAAUAUUUUCAUUUGACAGAAUUGUUUAUGUUCAACAGAUGCCAUGUAGUUGAUAAAAACAGAUGGCAUAUAUAAUCCAUAUUUCUCUAAUACAGUGAUGCUAAAAUAUGAACUAACUUAGUUGAAACAACUUGCAGAUGAUUGCUGAAGCUUGUAAAUAAGGUUAGGAAAAUAUCAUAAGUGAUCUACACAAUAAAGAGGCAACAUAGUGAUUGACUGCAAGAAGAGAUCAAGAAGUUUUAAUUGGGUGAUUCCAUAUUUGCUUCCUUGAUAAUUUGUAUAGCAUUUAAGAAAGUGGGCAGUAAUCUUCAGCAGAAAAAUAUGGACAAGUAAGAUGAUAAUUCUUCUAGACUUUUAAGAUUUGCAAGUGUGAUAUCAUGACACAUUUUUCAAUAUUGAACUAUAAUAUUGCUUGUAAGAGGUGUGCUUUCAAGAACCAUUAUUAUUAAUGUCUCCAGAAAUAAAUUGUUUGUGGAAGAGCAUACUCUGCUCAGUUGGCUGUACUGCUGUGGACAGUGUAUUGAUAGAACUAAUUUUAGUUGCAUUCAGAGCCCAUGUGACAGUGAAAACACCAGGGACCAAAAUUAUUAAAUAAUGCUCUUAUUUUGAGUUUGUGAUUCCUCCCUCACAGUGAAAACUGAUCAUUUUAGGACAACUCCAAAAGUUCUGGAACAGGGAACCAAUAUUCUAGAUGUCUAGAAACUGGGAGCUAGAAGCAAAUGUUAAAGAUGUGUAUAUUCACAUUUAUUGCAGUUGUCUUCAUGAUUUUGUACAUUGACACUUGGUGUGUCUGUAAUAUUUAAUUAAUUAAAUAUAACUGUUGUUGAGAAAAA